AUGCGUUUCUUCACGGAGAACUUGAUGAGGAGAUUUACAUGCACAUUCCACCAGGUUUUGCAGAUGGCACUACUGUUGGAAAGUGAAAUCGUUAGAUUGAAGAACGCAUUGGGAAAGGAAUUUGAGAUUAAAGAUCUUGGAAAACUGCGAUAUUUUCUUGGAAUUGAAGUAUCUCGCUCCUCACAUGGGAUCUUCUUAUGUCGGCGUAAGUACAUACUUGAUCUUCUAUCUCGGAUAGGAAUGCUUGGAUGUAAAUCUAUUGAUACUCCACUUGACUCAAACGCGAAGAUUUGGGCCAAGACAGGGGAGCUAGUAGAUCGCGAAAGCUAUCAAAGGCUUGUUGGAAAGCUCAUCUAUCUUUCUCAUACUCGUCCCGAUAUUGCCUAUACGAUCGGUUUUGUAAGUCAAUUCAUGCAUGAUCCGUAUACUACUCAUAUGGAUGUUGUGACUCGAAUUCUUCGUUACUUGAAAGGCACACCGGGUAAAGGUAUAUUGUUUGGGAACCAUGGUCAUUUGAAGGCUGAGACAUUUGCUGAUGCAGAUUGGGCCGGUGAUGUGGAUGACAGUUGA